AUGUCGAACGUCCAUGCAAACAUGUUUGCAGCUGCUGGGGGGGACCUCGCCCUUGCCCGUCAGCGAGCUGGGCUUUUGACACUGCCUUUGAAUAUUAUUGCCAUGCUCCUGGCGAAUCUAGACGAUGUUGCAGACCUCGCACGCCUCUGUUGUACAUGUCGAGUUUUGAACUACAUGGCGCUCCCACAACUUUACAAAGACCUCACGCUCACUUCGUACGAUAAAAUCCGGUACCGCGACGAAUAUGUGGAGGGAUGCGGCAGUGCUAGCCCAUUUUCCAUGGCCCUCAAUGCGGCUAUGAGUCGAAAUGUGGGUGGGCUAGUCCGGUCUCUGACCCUGCGGGGUGAGUGGAGGGAGAAUGAGUUGGAGGAGCAUGCGAGAGUAGGGAGAGUGCCGGAUUCUUCGAUGAUGCUCAGUAUCGUGGUGAGGGCGGCGGUGGAUAAGAUGCCUGGGUUAGAAUCAGUCAGCUGGGAGCUAAAUACGAAAAUGUUGGAGACGGUUUAUCAGGGUCUUGCUCAGCUUCCUAAGCUGAAGUCUUUAACAGUACGGUUUCCAUCGAGCCGGCAUCCUCGGCCAACUGCUAUUCUUCCUGCGAUGCCUCAUCUACGUUCUCUGAAGGUUACGGAUAUUGAUCCCCUUUGUUACCCCGACGACAUAUCUACUUUGCUACAUCAAAGCAAAAAGCUGCGGGAGCUGAGGCUACACUGGUCUCCCCGGAUGCGGGAGGCGCAGGAGGCGAGCGUCCAGCUUUCUGACUAUUUUCGCAAGUGCAUUGUUGCUAAAUCGCCACUGAAGCUCAGAAAGAUUGCAUUCCAUAACCUAUACGCGCUCCAUAGGGAGGAAAUCAUGUCUGGCGUUGAUUAUUCCAUGCUCGAAGAAAUUACUGUGCUGACAACACCUACCAGCGGGGCUGAUACAAUGUCCUUCGUGGAAUAUAGCUGGCCGACGCCGAAUUUCGCGCUGAAUAUAAAGUCCAUGCGACUUGACCGUAUGGACAAAAGAGUUUGCGAAUACCUCAGCUACCUCAAAGCCUUGGAAAGGUUAUAUCUGGUGAAUGGUAUCCGGAGCCCAGGGGAUUACAUUAACAGCCCACGAAACUCCUCGCAGUCUUCCUCGAUUCUGACGCCGGAUUCUUCGUCUGUCGGGCGGAGGAGAUCAGGUUCAGCUAAUAGCGGAACCCCCAGCGCUAUGGUACAUAUCAUCAACUUCAGACCGGACUCAGCACAGACUAGAUCUAAUUUUCCACCCCACCUUCGCGACCCAUUUAUUCAAGAAAUAACAACUAGCCUUGGGUCCUCGCUUAGACACCUCCUCCUCCCUUCCAGAUGGAUUCUAACUCCUCCCCAAAUUGCACGCCUUGUACGCGCAAGUCCGCAGUUAGAACAGCUUGCUCUAGCAACUGAGAUGUCCAGCAUGGAAACGCUCAGCUUACUCCUCCCAUUUUUACGAAAACUUGUUGCACUUAGACUGCUUAUCCCGACUCCUUACUCCGCUUCAGACUCAAAUGGCAACCAUACCUCACCGUCAAAUGGGGCUGUCAACGCCAAUGCGCCACAAACGCCAGAAAUUAAUCCACGCACCAUCGCUGAAGUGGUUGAUAUGGAUGACCGCAUCCAUAACGAAGCAAUGGGCGUGACACUCGCAGACAUGGAAGUUUUCGGAACACUACAAAUAAUCGGCCUUGGCUGGAAAGCAUGGGAGUUGGGUGAAUUGUAUACCAUUCCUGCAUCCGAGGCUACCCAAGCAAUCCUCUUGAUAGACGAAAAUGCAAUUGAAUUGAAAUACCAUUAUGCGGUAGAUGCUAUUUCAAAUAAUCAACCGCUGGGUGUGAAAAUCUCUCCGCCUGAUGGCGUUGUGCGACCUCAGCAGGCAUCAAAUAUAUACCAUCCAACUCCUUCUCCUGUAUCCCCGCUAGGAAAGCGGAAACGGCUAUCAGAUAGCGACGGCCACAGUAGCGAUAAUAACGAUAAAAUUCCCAAACACACUCUCAAUCCGCAUAUCAAUAUCAAUCCCAAUCCCAAUCAAAAUACGCUCUCAUCCCCUUCUACUCCAAUCAUCUCCACCUCCACCUCCACCUCCACAACAACAACAAUAACCUCAAAUCCACAAUUCCCAACCACCCCAUCCAGAGCCUCCUCCGUCUCGACAAUGGCAACAACAGCCGCCACCCCGCCCACCGACUCCCACGUCCAAGCCCAGCUCCAGGGCUACUACAGCUCCAAACCUCCGCACCCUCCCCCGGUACCAGCCAAUGGAGUACAGCAACCCGCACCUCCAUCCCAGCCCAGCCACGCAUAUACAUUCCCAGGCAAAGACAACGCGGUUUCAGGUAUUGCCCUCGGGAACGUGGUAAAUUGCAUAAACAAGGGGCAAGUCGGAGAGGGAGAUGUGCUCUACCGGCGUCGGCUCAAGCGGGUUGGGUGGGAUGUGCUGAAACAUUGGGAAAUUUGGGGGCUGGAUGUUCAGGAAAUCUGA